GCCAGGUAACCCGCCCCGCAGGUUUGCCUAGUCGAUCGCUCCUCCGAUAAGGCUAGUAGAGCAACUCGCUUCAAAUAUUCCUGCUCGAUGACGUCUUGUACAAUUCAACAUGAGUAAGUCUAGCACCUUAAAAGUCAAGAAUUUGUUCAAAGUAAGUUCACCUAAGAAAGAGAGCAAGCAGUGUGACUCAAUCAAAGAUGGAGUAGCCACUGUGUCCAGAGACAAGUCGCGGACUUUAGCGGGAGUCACCGGACCUGUCAGCCCCGGUGACACGGCCGCGAUCCCCGGUGAUGGCGAGCGCAUUUCUCCGAAGGAAAAGAAGGGAAAGCGGUUGUUGUCGUUCAAGCUAAAACGAAAGAAAAGUAAGCAGAAAGAAGACAAAGGAGGCGCAGAUGAUGACUUGUUCUCCAAUGAACUGGACAACAUCAGCAGCCGCAUGAGCUACGACCAAGUAAGUGUUUCGACAGCAUGCUCGUUCCAGACUGAACCAGAUUGGGACCUUCAUUCAGACUCCAACUCCAUGAUCUACUUCAACAUGACUCAGGAAGGAAGUCUUACUUCACCAUCUAAACACUUCAAGAAUUCAGAAGAGAAAAGAGGUGUGUUUGAUCGUCUCAGUCAUUUCUUCAAUCCUAAGAAAAGGAAGAGCCGAGGAAGCCAGAAUUCAACCACUUCAGUCAAUUCAAGUUGCCCAACUUCCCCAGCAUCCCCCUUGUCUCCACAUUCACCCCUGCUUGAACAGGAUGAUGGCUCAAGGACUCCCACUCCCUCCAGAAAAAAUGAUAAUCAGACAAAGACUGGACCUCGAGCGGGAGUGGAGACUGGCAAUGACCACAAUCAAAGCUCCAGUCUUAGUGCCUCUAGUGUGGUUUCCCUGUUUAAUGACGCAGAUGUUCCAUUUGCUGAUUCUAAUAGCAGUGGCUGUGGCAGCGUGAGGGAGGUACCUGUGUGCAGGGUGAGCACUGGCAGUAGUCAAGGGAAUUCAGGGAAUGUGACCCCCACUGGUCUGGACUUUGCAACAACUGCUUUGCCAUGUUCUGAUUCAACAUCAGAUGUAGGAUUUGCAGAAUCUGUGGUGGAGGAGGUAAGCAAGAGGCUGCAGAUGAAUUUGGAGGAUAUCACAGUGAAGAGGGCAAACAGCUUGACUGGAGGUAGUAUUGAUACCGCAACCAACUUGCCAACACGUCAAAUUCCCUUUCCCAGCAAUGCUGCACCCCCUAAAUCACCCAACCUAACUUCCAUAAGCUUAGGGACAACAAAAACAGAGGUUAAAGUUGGAGAAAAUGUCCAAAGCACUACCUUGAAGGGAAUAACUUUGGGCUCCCAACUACCUGGAACUCGCCUCAUCUCAACUCAGGACUGUCUUCAAGAUGUUGGCAGGGAAAAUUCAACACAAAGCCAUUCACUAGAAAGUGACCAAAUGCCACCUGGUAAAUCUUCUACUCGACUUUUCAAAGCCAUAUUAGUGGAAACACACCUUGGGGAGGGGGAGCGAAUGGGGAGGGGGCACAUGAGAGACGAUAGGACGAAGGAAAAGGAGGAGUGUUCCGUACCACUUUCGCCUCCGGUACUGGCCAUACCUGUCACAGUAUUUCCUAAGGACGAGUCAAUUACUCAGGGGAUGACAGGCACCACUAGCAGCUUGCCAGAGUUGUCUUCCUCUGCGCCAACUACUGGGGAUUUGCAAACGACUUCAAGCCAGCUAGAUGAGCCUGAGAUUGGCACAAAUGCAAAGAAACACCCCCUGAAGGAGAAACGAGGGUCAAAAGAAACUUGUGUUACACGCAAGACUGUGAAUCUGCCUUCAAAGCCCAAGGAUGCGGCUCGUAAAGUACACGUUAGCCAAGAGCUAACUUUGGAAAGAAACAAGCGAGUGGGAUGGGAAGACUGUGCAAACUCCACUUCAAGGACUUCUGAGCAGACAAAGCACAAGCUAUUACUUCGAAACCACAACUCUGAUGAAAGCAGACAUGUAGACUCUACGUCAUCGCCACUGUAUGAUGUAACCGAAGACGGAAACUCAACUGAACAUUUAGUUAAACAAAAACCUGUCUGUCAGUCAUCGGAAGUGCAGAUAACUGCUGCAACUCAUGAUAUGCACAGAGCUAAGCUACAAACAGCGAUACCUGGAAUAAGAGGCAAUGGGAUGAACCGGGCAACAGCCUCCAAACCAGGAGUUAAAGUAGCAUCUGAAAACCGGCAUACCAUUGAAAGAGUACCAAGGCCCUCAGCAACAACAGCGGGAGCCAAGGCCAAAAAUGUGACAACAAAAGCAAAGGGCUCCACAGAGGACACUAAUGUUACAACAUCCAGUGAUAUACCACCACUUAAGGAACAGAGCAGUGAGAAAACCGUUUCUGUGAUAACACCAUUAAAAGACAAAUCUACCAGUGGUCCCACAAAGUCCAAAAUCCCCAAAAGGCAAAUAUCAGAUGGUGAAGUAAAAUCACCCGUAUCAACUGAUAAAACCACAAUAGCUGCUAGCCCGUUGGACACUUCCAAACUACAUACAAUUCCAAGAAUAGCUAACGAAUCUGUGAAAUCUUCAUUGUGUACAACCAAAGGUGUCAGAAGAUCAAGUACUGAGGAGGAAAGGGAGGUAAACACUCUGACAGCUGACAUUUCUGCGAAUAAACCGUUAUGUGAGCUAUUGCCACGUCCUGUGGAAGAAAAACCAAAAGAUACUGAUGUUGUAACUGAAAAUAUUCACUUAGUAAAUGGAGUGGAAGAGGGACCAUCCUAUCAGGAUAAACAAGCUUCCUUGAUAUCAAAGAGCCGGCUGCCCGUUUCAUCUCCAUCUAGAAAGUUGAACAAUGAUGGACUUAAAAAGAGUGAAACCAACUUUAAAAAAGUCCCAUCUCCUCAAGUUGAUUCAGACGGACGCAAACAAGCCCAGAAGCGCGUGGACCAGCAAGAAACGGGACAUGUUCCUUUCAAAACUACUCUACCUGCAAGUCCCAAGAAAGAAGCCAUCCCUUCACUAAAACCAUUGAGUCACAACAUUAAAUCAAGUCAAGUCCUUGAGAAGGCUGAAACUCCAGGUGCCAUCAACCAAGAUAAAAAUGCAUCGCUUUCCAAAGAACACCUGAAGUCUCCAUCUAACAGUUCAAUUCCCCCAUCUCCAAGCAGGCUCCCAACAAGAAGCCAAAAGAGCCCCGCCAAUAUUAAAUCGAGAAAAAUUCAAAAUGCUUUAAUUGAUAAUUCUUUAAACAUGUCUAUACCUAAAGAGGAACAUUUACAUCCAAACGUGUUCCACCAAGAAGAAUUCAGUGUGACAAUCACAGAUAAUUCUUCUGUUAAUGAAACCAAAGAGAAAAGGCGAGAGCCACAGGAGGUAGAAGAGGCCUUAAGUGGUCCUAAAGGAAACAUUUCAAAAACACAAAUAAUCAAAGAAAAUGAUACAGUAGUCACAGUACAACUUGAAAACAAAAUUGAACCAGCAAAAGAUUCAAGCUGUGCUACAAAUGUUGUUUUAUCACAAACCAAGGAUGUACCCAAUCCUGCGACUAAUAGUCAGCUAAAACAGCAUGAAGACCUACAAAAAUCGAUUUUAGAACGGUCACCUAAAACUGCGUCCCACAAAGGUGAUAGCAUGGCUAAUGAACUACAAACACCACAAAUAAAUUCUGAAAAUGCAAAGAAGGCGCUUUCAGAGACAGUCCAGCUUACAAGUGAUAGAAAACUGGAAAAGACUGAUCGUCAGGUUAAAGACCAUGAAGACCUACAACAACGAAUUCUGGAGACUUCACCUACAAAUGCAUCUCACAAUGGUGGUAGCACUGCAUUGGAUCUACAAACACUGCAAAUGAAUUCGGAGAAUGCUAAGGAGAAGGAACUUCCAGAGACAGUCCAGCUGAGAAAUGACACAAAACUGGAAAAGACCAGUAGCCAGGUAAAAGAACAUGAAGACCUAGAACCACCAAUUCUGGAGCCAAAAUUGGAUAAGACUAAUAGCCAGGUCAAAGAGCAUGAGGACCUACAACAACCGAUUCUGGAGCCUUCCCCUACAAAUGCAUCUCACAAAGGCGGUAGCACCGCAUUGGAACUACAAACACUGCAAAUGAAUUCGGAGAAUGCUAAGGAGAAGGAACUUCCAGAGACAGUCCAGCUGAGAAAUGACACAAAACUGGAAAAGACCAGUAGCCAGGUAAAAGAACAUGAAGACCUAGAACCACCAAUUCUGGAGCCAAAAUUGGAUAAGACUAAUAGCCAGGUCAAAGAGCAUGAGGACCUACAACAACCGAUUCUGGAGCCUUCCCCUACAAAUGCAUCUCACAAAGGCGGUAGCACCGCAUUGGAACUACAAACACCACAAAUGAAUUCGGCGAAUACAAAUGAGAAGGAACUUCCAGAGACGGUCCAGCUGACAAAUUACACAAAGCUGGAAAAGACCAGUAGCCAGGUAAAAGAGCAUGAAAACCUACAACCACCAAUUCUAGAGCCAAAAUUGGAAAAGACUAAUUGCCAUGUAAAAGAGCAUGAGGACCUACAACAACAGAUUCUGGAGCCUUCACUUACAAUUGCAUCCCACAAAGGUGGUAGCACUGCAUUGGAACUACAAACACCACAAAUUAAUUCGGAGAAUACAAAUGAAAAGGAACUUCCAGUGACAGUCCAGCUGACAAAUGACACAAAACUGGAAAAGACCAGUAGCCAGGCAAAAGAGCAUGAAGACCUACAACCACCAAUUCUAGAGCCAAAAUUGGAUAAGACUAAUAGCCAUGUAAAAGAGCACGAGGACCUACAACAACAGAUUCUGGAGCCUUCACUUACAAUUGCAUCCCACAAAGGUGGUAGCACUGCAUUGGAACUACAAACACCACAAAUGAAUUCGGAGAAUACAAAUGAAAAGGAACUUCCAGUGACAGUCCAGCUGACAAAUGACACAAAACUGGAAAAGACCAGUAGCCAGGUAAAAGAGGAUGAAGACCUACAACCAACAAUUCUGGAGCCAAAAUUGGAAAGGACUAAUUGCCAUGUAAAAGAGCAUGAGGACCUACAACAACCAAUUCUGGAGCCUUCACUUACAAAUGCAUCCCACAAAGGUGGUAGCACUGCAUUGGAACUACAAACACCACAAAUGAAUUCGGCGAAUACAAAUGAGAAGGAACUUCCAGAGACGGUCCAGCUGACAAAUUACACAAAACUGGAAAAGACCAGUAGCCAGGUGAAAGAGCAUGAAAACUUACAACCACCAAUUCUAGAGCCAAAAUUGGAAAAGACUAAUUGCCAUGUAAAAGAGCAUGAGGACCUACAACAACAGAUUCUGGAGCCUUCACUUACAAUUGCAUCCCACAAAGGUGGUAGCACUGCAUUGGAACUACAAACACCACAAAUGAAUUCGGAGAAUACAAAUGAAAAGGAACUUCCAGUGACAGUCCAGCUGACAAAUGACACAAAACUGGAAAAGACCAGUAGCCAGGUAAAAGAGCAUGAAGACCUACAACCAACAAUUCUGGAGCCAAAAUUGGAAAAGACUAAUUGCCAUGUAAAAGAGCAUGAGGACCUACAACAAUCAAUUCUGGAGCCUUCACUUACAAAUGCAUCCCACAAAGUUGGUAGCACUGCAUUGGAACUACAAACACCACAAAUGAAUUCGGAGAAUACAAAUGAGAAGGAACUUCCAGUGACAGUCCAGCUGACAAAUGACACAAAACUGGAAAAGACCAGUAGCCAGGUUAAAGAGCAUGAAGACCUACAGCCAACAAUUCUGGACCCAAACUUGGAAAAGACUAAUUGCCAUAUAAAAGAGCAUGAGGACCUACAACAACCGAUUCUGGAGCCUUCACUUACAAAUGCAUCCCACAAAGGUGGUACCACUGCAUUGGAACUACAAACACCACAAAUGAAUUCGGAGAAUACAAAUGAGAAGGAACUUCCAGUGACAGUCCAGCUGACAACUGACACAAAACUGGAAAACACUAAUAGCCAGGUGAAAGAACAUGAAGACCUACAACCACCAAUUCUGGAGCCUUUACCUACAAAUGCAUCUCACAAAGGUAGUAGCACUGAAUCAGAACUACAAACGCCACAAAUGAUUUCAGAGAGCGCAAAGGAGAAGGAACUUUCGGAAACGAUCCAGUUUACAAAUGACACAAAACUGGAAAAGACUAAUUGUCAGAUUAAGGAACACCUACACCAACCAAUUUUGGAGCCUUUGCCUACAAAUGCAUCUCACAAAGGGGACAGCACUGCACUGGAACUACAAACACCACAAAUGAAUUCAGAGGAUGCAAAGAAGACACUUUCAGAAAGAGGUCAACUUAAAAAUGACACAAAACUUGAAAAUGUUAUUUCAAAAGCAGAUUUAGCAAUGUUGGCUCAAGAUAUUAAUGCAGUCCACAGUAAUAUACAGGAUAGUUCUGUGAACCCUACUUCGGGUGACAUACAUCAAUUUGACAUUAUACCCUCUCAGCAAGGUCCUUCUAAUGAACCAGCUAAAGAAAAUGCAAAUGUUCCUCUGAUUGAAUCUGUUUCGAAAGAUCAUGGUUCUGAGAAAAUUAAACAAAUUACAGACAAAAUUCUCGAAAAUGUGAUACCAUCCAUACUGGCCAAUGUGGCCAUGGAUUCAAUAAAAGAUGCUAUAGGAGAGGAAAAAAUUAACGUAGAGUUUGUCAAGGAACCAACAGAAUCAAUGGACACAAAGAAUGAAGCCCCCAAGAAUGUUGAAAGUCAGCUGAACAAAGAAGCCCUUUCAGAAGCACAAGAGUCUGAAGAGAAAAAAGAAUCAAAGUCAAGUGAAAAGCUGAAUGAUACGGUAGUGAUGGGGAACAAUUGCAUGGGGCAGCUCAAGGCCUUAAACACUGAGAAUGAAGCAGAAAAAGACAUUGCUGAACCAAAUGAAUCAACCCAGGUAACAUCACAAAAUGAAUAUUUACCGCUGGCUGCAGAAGAGGAAACAAAAGCAGUAAACACUACAGGGAAGCAGAAAAGUGAGACACAGAAAACAGAAGAAAUAACUACAGACUGUAGCAAUACAAACAAUGUAUUAGAUUCCCAAAAUUCUACUGAGGAGCACUUGGAGGAAAAUACAACACAUGUAAUUGUGGAAUCUCAGCAGCCAGUGAAUACCUCGACAAAAAAAGGAAAACCGGAACCCAAACAAUCUCUGACUCAGGCUGAGGGUUCCAAGAGUCACAAUGAAAUUCUGGACAAUCACAGUUGUGUUGAAAUAGGGACUAAAAGUGAAAUUAAGACAGUUGAUUUGACUAAAGACAAUAGAGACGUGAGUUCCAUAUCUGAAGUUAUUACCCAAGAAGACCAGGAGCCUGUUGGAGAAAAACACAAGUGUGUUGAAGAAAUUGACGAUAUUGCUGAUACUGCAAAAGCAUUCAAUGCUGAAAACAUUGUGGAAAGACAAAUGCUUGACAUUGACACAACAUUGAGUUCACCCAAAGAAACAGAAACAAAGGAUUCUCCAAUAAAAAGUUUGGAAGACGAAACGGCAGCUGCCACAAAUAGUUGUGAACCUGUUGUUAAUGUUGAAUCUAAUGUCAAUUUUCAAAAAGAAGUAAGCCCUGAAGAUGUCAAAUCUGGUAAUGAAUUCCAGAAACAGAAUGAAAACACUCAUUUAUACAUAGGUUCUGAAGUGUCAAAAGUUAACCCAGAAAGAAAAAUCAGAAUAAUAAAAGCAGAAGUGAUAGACAACAUGGCCGGAAAUUCUGAACUGACUGCCAACUUAAGUUUGUCUACAAGCAAAAGAGACAAAAGUAAGAGUGAUAUGAAAGAAAAUGCAAAUUUGAAAGAAGUUAUAACAGAAGCAACCCAACAAAAUAGCGUAUUUGAUCAGAAUACUGAACAGGCUGAAGAAAAAACCAAGACAAUAAAUAAACUACAACCCAAUAAAGAAACUGAACUUCUCAAUACUUCCCAACAACCAACAAAACCACCACUUAGUUCUGUUUCCUCUCUUCCCACCGCAGUAAAAUCAAAGAGUCCACCUAAGGGCAUUCAGAUCAAGAAGGAGUCGCCAUCUAGCUGGCUAGAUGUGGAACAUGAUCACAAACGGAAAAAGGACAACAGAAGAAAACCAGAUGCCUCGACCAGUGAAGAUGAAUCCCUGGAACCAGACGACUUUGAGGAUUUCAUCAAGAGCAUUAAAGCCGGUGGCAUUCCCUUCUCAGUGCCAAUUAAGAAGCACCCAUGUAAAAGAAACCCAACUCCCUCAUUUGCAAUGCCUGCCAUUAAGGAGGAUCACUUUGAAAAAGCACUUGAUCCCAAAGAAUUCAAGUUUGGCUUGAGGAAGAAAGGCAGAGGUUUGAAAGACCCAUCACCAGCAAUGGUGUUAAAACAAAAAGCAGCUAACCGAGAAGGGCGAACCAUGAAUAAACAUGGAGAAGUCAAUUCCACAUCCUCAAGUAAAGACCAGAGGGAAUUACUUGAUGAGGAAAAAGCAAACACUGAAGUCAAAGAGGGGCCAAAAAUUCCGCAGAACAAUGGAGAGGUGACUGAGAAGCCAUCGUCGCGAUUAGAAAGGAUAUCCAUCCUUUCUAGCUUACUGAGUUCCAAUCGAUCGAGUAAAAGGAGCAAAGAGGAAAUGACCUCUGACCAAAAUAACACUUUAUCUAAACAACAGGAAAAUGUGUCCUUGCUUGGAAAGCAGGAAGCAGUUGAUGCUUUUCCUGAACAUGAAUCAGAUAUAAAGGGUGUGACAGUUACUGUGGGUGGUUGUAAAGGUGCCGCCAGUGAUUCAACAAUUAGCCCCUCCCCGCCUUCUUUGCCCUCUUUUUCACAAAACAUACAGUCUAAACCUGAGGUGGAAAACCUUGAGGGCAGAAGAGAGUCUGAGACUGACCAGGACUCCACAAAGGAACUUAAAUCCAAACAGAAUCCUAAAGGACAUUGUACUAUGGACCAGGCUUUAAUGCCUAAAGUCAACAAUGCUAUGCUACCUCCACCCACCGAAAGUUUCCCAAAGACUCCACAAAAAAAUAGGACAAAGUCACGUGUAGUGAAAGGGUUUCACAAAAGACCUGGAAAGAUUUUCAUACAUCAGCACGAUAACUUUGAUAGUGAAGUCUAUGAACUACAUGGUGAUGUCGAGGAUGCCACACAGAUGAAACUCUCUCCUGUCAUCUUGGUACGAGUCAUUAGAGGAUGUUGGCUGCUGUAUGAACACAAGGGCUUCCAGGGUCGUGUCAUUGCCCUUGAGGAAGGCCACACAGAUCAUAUAGUGAACGUGUGGAGUGAGGAUGGCACCCUAACAACUCUGGAUGAAAAGGACCAACCUGUAUCAACGACACCCAUGACUAUCGGUUCUAUUCGUUUGGCAGUAAAUGACUAUGCCCAACCCAGAAUUGACCUGUUUACAGAAGUUAACGGUUUGGGAAGGGUGUCAUCUUACUGUGAUGACGCUGUAGAAAUUGGCUCAUAUGGUAUCCCCCAGGCCACUGGUUCCAUCAAGGUCCAUUCUGGAGUAUGGCUUGUUUACAGUGAUUCCGGUUUCGGAGGAAUUAUAGGAGUGCUGGAAGUCGGCGAGUUUCCAUGUUCAGAAACAUGGGGAUUCCCCCAACCUUUUGUUGGCUCUCUCAGGCCUCUUCGAAUUGGAGCAAUAAAAGUGGAACAUCCCGAAGAAGUCAAGGCGCUAGUGUUUGAGAAGCCCAAUUUUGAGGGCGAGUGUUUAGAGUUAGAUGCUGAUUUAUACAACCUAAAUGAGGAAGAUGGAGAAGCUGAACCAAGCAUUGCUUGUGGAAUUAAGAAGACUAUCUCUACUGCUGGUUCCCUCAAGAUACUUGGUGGUCUCUGGGUUGGCUACCAAGAGGAAAACUUUGAGGGUCAGCAGUUCGUCCUGGAGGAAGGGGAGUAUUCUCAUUGCACUGGGUGGGGGGGAUCUGAGGAUAGUCUACGCUCUCUCCGGCCCAUUAGGACGGAUUUCAGGUCGCCACACGUUAAAUUGUUCAGUGAGCUCAACUUGAACGAGCGAGGGCUUAGCGUGGACCUAAUGGGCCCCGUUGUCAACAUGCAGGAUAUCGGCCAUGGCAUAAAAACCCAAUCCAUCCACAUCCUGAGUGGGGUCUGGGUGGCAUUUGAGAAUCCUGUAUUCAGCGGCGAGCUCUAUAUCCUGGAGAAAGGCCUAUACUCAUGUCCAGAGGACUGGGGUGCCCAAAAUUUCAAGAUAUCAUCAAUCCAGCCAGUCUUCAAUGACACAUUGCUGGAGUCUAAGUUCAAGGUCAAGCUGUUCUCUGAGCCUAACUUUAAGGGCGAACUGGUGGUUCUGGAGGACAAUGCAGCAGCUUUGGAUGAAAACUUUGUGCCCAGGUCCUGUAAGGUGAUUGCUGGCAGCUGGAUCGCAUAUGAAGGUGACAACUUCUCUGACAACAUGUACUUACUGGAGGAAGGGGAUUAUUCUGACACAGAGUUCAUGGGCUUCCCGUCCUCAGACGUGAGAGUCUGCUCCAUGUUAACUGUUGGGCAUGAGUUGUCUCUACCCUCCCUCUUGCUAUUCAGCAAGUUGGGUUGCAUGGGUCGUCGGGUAGUGCUGACUGGUGGGAAUGUGAAUUUGCACCAAGCAGGCUUCGGUGCUCACAUAUGCUCUCUAGUGGUAGAGGGCGGAAAAUGGGUGUUGUACGAAGGCAGCAACUACCGUGGUCGACAAAUCCUGCUCCAGCCAGGUCAAAUCGUCGACUGGUACAAGUUUAGUGGAUGGAAAGGAGUCGGAUCGCUGCGUCCAUUGCAGCAGAGACAGAUUGGUAUCCGUCUGCGGAACAAAGAGACGGGAUGUCUGAUGUCAUUGACAGGGGCAGUGGAAGACAUCAAGCUAAUGAGGGUGCUUGCGGUGGAAGAUACAGGGGGUGUAGAGCAAGUCUGGCUCUACCAAGACGGUCACCUUACCUGCAAGGUGGCUGAGGACUGUCAUCUUGAGACUGCAGGUAACAUGGUUAUGGCGGGCUGUCGCCUUUGUGUCUCUCCGGUGGGAGGAAAAGACAACCAGUUCUGGGAUAUCAGCUCAGAUGGUGUGGUGCGCUGCCACUUUCAACCUAGCCUAGUCCUUGAGGUUAAAGGAGGUCAUCAGUAUGACAAGAACCAGGUGGUCCUCAACACAUUCCAAGAGGGCAAACCAAACCAAAGAUGGACGCUGGAGAUUUUGUGAGACGCCAGGCCGUGUUGUGGCUCUCAGACGUGGCUCCACUAGUGGGUCUUACACCGCUCAGACAAGUUUUGGGUGGAACUUUGCACUAAAACUGCACUCUCGUAGCAUUUACACCCUUGUUGAGGAAGGGGAACCCUGUUCUUUAACUUAACACUUUUUAUUGUUGUUUAUGUAUUUGAAAAUGGUGUUAAAUAUGUUAUUUAUCUAGCCACAUCCCUUUCUAAGUUGCUUGUAGUACAAUGUUAGAGUUGGCUUAAUGCUGCAAGACUUCCGUGACUUUAUGGUACGACUAUUGUACAUGGUGUCUGUUCAUCUCGUUGAUGUGAUCAAUGAGGUCUGAAAUCGAAAGCUUAUUCAGAUGUUUUGUUGAUAAUAUUGUAAAGUUUUGCAAUGUUUUGAAAGUAGGUUUGAACUUUUUAAUGUGAUUCACAUUAUUAGAUUGUAGAUUCAAGUUGUACAUGUGUAAACAUAGACAAAAACACCUAU